GACACAGAGGUAGGUGAAAGAGUGAAGAAAGCGAAAGGCGGCUUCGCAGGUUCUAGACCACCAAAACCCAGCGGCACCUCCCAGCGCAAACCGGCUCUCGCAUUGCUCCUCAGAUUCGCGGAUUUGUUGGGCGGAGUGCGGGAUGGGGGGCGGUGGAUCCGGAUCUUUCCUCAAGGUCUUGGUCAAUAACCUGGAUGUUCUCGCCGGGCCUUUAGUUUCACUUGCAUAUCCUCUGUAUGCCUCUGUUAGAGCAAUUGAAACAAAAUCUGCUGUAGAUGAUCAACAAUGGCUCACUUACUGGGUGUUGUACUCAUUUAUCACUUUAUUUGAGCUCACCUUUGCUCCAGUACUAGAAUGGCUCCCUUUCUGGUCUUAUGGAAAACUGUUUUUCAAUUGCUGGUUGGUAUUACCACAGUUCAAUGGCGCUGCACAUGUGUAUGAGCAUUUUGUGAGGCCUAUGAUUGUGAACCAGCAAGUUGUAAACAUCUGGUAUAUUCCAAAGAAGGGUGAAUCAGAGAGGCCUGAUGAUGUGAUUUCAGCUGCACAGAGAUACAUUGAGCAAAAUGGGUCGAAAGCAUUUGAGAAUCUUGUUAACAAGUUUAAGAGUUCAAACCCAAGACGGUCAAUACUGGAGGAGGUAGAGGUUGAAAGGAGAGCCAGGAUUCAACGAGAAUCCGAAGCAAGGGAAGUUAAUCCCUUCUUCAAUCCAAAUUACCAAUACUAGGCUUUCAGUCACCAGAAUAAAAGGUAUUGCACAAUUUUCUGUGGUUAUGAUAAUUGGGAACUGAAUGCAGGAAUCAAUAGGAUCAGUUUGAGGGAAGAUGUCUAGAUAUUAGGACUGCAUUUUGCAGCAAUGGAAUCAACAAUAUUGUGUAGCUGGACAACCAUGAUUGUUGUAAAUAUGUUUCUAGCGUUGAAACUCCUUGUCAUGUAAUGGUCGUGUCAUGAAUCUUUCAUGUUACUGAAAAUUAUGCAUUCAGUGUUCGUGCCACCAAACUCUAGAUUUGUGUCUCGAUGGUUGCAUGGAGGCUGUUGAUGAUCUGGGUAAUAACUAAUAAGGUUGUUCUUCGUCUCGUA